AUGCUAAGAAAGUUUACUAGAGUGUAUAGUUCAGUUCACUCUACUAGUUUGUCAUCAUCGGCUUUGAAAGACACCCUUAGAGAAUUGAUUCCGUUGCAAAGAUCACGAUUGAAAGACUUAAAGACAAAUCAUUCAAAUGUUAAAAUUGAUAAUAUUACAGUCGGUUCAAUAAUUGGAGGAAUGCGUGGGAAUCAAUCAAUGUUAUGGGACGGUACAACAUUAUCACCGAAUGAAGGGAUCAAGUUUAAAGGGAUGACAAUUAAACAAUGUCAGGACUCAUUACCUGGCAUCGAUGGAAUCUUCUUACCGGAAUCAAUGAUUUGGUUAUUAUUGACAGGUAAGAUUCCAACAAUGCAAGAAACAAAAAGUAUUACAAAUUUAUUUAACGAAAUCUUAAAAUCACAAAAUAAUUGUUUACCAAUUGAAGUCGAUAGCAUUAUGAAUAAUUUACCAAAAGAUUUACAUCCAAUGACUCAAUUAUCAAUUGGGUUGGAAUGUUUAAGUAAUAAUUCAAGUUUUGCAAAUUUAUAUAAAGAUGGGAAAAUUGGUAAAAACGAUUAUUGGGAUUCAACGUUUGAUGAUUCAAUGGUUUUAAUCGCAAAUUUACCUUUACUAAUUGGUAAAAUUUAUUCAAAUUUAAUUAAUAAUGGCAAAUCUUUAGGUUCAAUUAAUAAUUCAAUGGAUUGGAGUUAUAAUAUCUGCUCAAUGCUAGGUAUGACUUCCACAAAGGAUUCAAUUAAUAAAAAUAAUUUAAACGAUAAACAAUUAAUCGAUUUUAAUAAUUUAAUGAGACUGUAUUUAGGCAUUCAUGUUGAUCAUGAAGGUGGGAACGUCUCGGCCCAUACAACUCAUUUAGUAGGUAGUACUUUAGCUGAUCCAUUUCUAAGUUAUGCUUCAGGUAUUAAUGGACUUGCGGGACCUUUACAUGGCUUAGCUGCACAAGAAGUUGUUAGAUUCUUAAUUAAUUUGGAAAAAAACGUUAAUGACGUUAACGAUAAUAAAUUAAUCGAAUCACAAAUUUGGGAAAUUUUAAAUUCAAAUAAAGUCAUCCCAGGUUAUGGUCAUGCCGUAUUAAGAAAACCGGAUCCAAGAUUUAAUGUAAUGCUGGAAUUUGUUGAAAAUAGACAACAAGAAUUCCAAGAUGAUCCCCACGUUCAAUUAAUGCAAAAAUUAUCAACUUUAGUACCUUCAAUCUUAUUAAAACAUGGGAAAUGUAAUAAUCCUUAUCCAAAUGUCGAUGCAGCAUCAGGGAUAUUGUUUUAUCAUUACGGUAUUCAAGAAUUGUUAUUCUUUACAGUAAUCUUUGGUUGUUCAAGAUCAAUUGGCCCAUUAGUUCAAUUGAUUUGGGAUAGAAUUUAUGGUUUGCCAAUUGAAAGACCAAAAUCGUUAGAUUUAAAGACAUUGGAGAAGUUGACAACGUCACGCACUUCAUAA